GUUUUACCUACAUUCUCGUAUUAUUACACCACCGAGAUUUCGAGAUAAACCUCGUUGACAUGGCGGCCGAUCUAAAAACUUUUUGAAAAACACGGCUUUGGUUUCCACCAUGUUCCACAAAUCGUUCGAACGAUUGGCCUCACGACGCAUGCGCGUUUUUGAACGUUGACCACCUUCACCAAGGCAACGCGAAGUGGCUGCUGUAUAACAACAUCCUUGCAGAAGUAUCUUUAACUUUCAACAAUUUGCGGUUUGCUGAAAAAUAAAACAUACAGACCUAGUUCCUGUAUACGUCUGCAGUGCAAAAAUGCCAGUAGACUUUAAGGGCAUUAGUGAAUACCAAAAUAAAUAUAAAGGGCGGGUAGUGCGGUCCAGAAGUGCCUCUCCUCAGCGAAGAAUGCGAUUGGCUGGACUUCGCUCUGACCAAUUGGGUAUCAGUCGUGAGCCUCAGUUUCUGUCCAAGAGGAAGGUGCCCUCGACCCAUGCACCACAAGUUUCCAGCUCCUUCCAAUGGAACCCCACCACCACAGAGACCCAGCAGAGACGGGAUGAGAACCCCAGAUCUGGCCCCCCUACCCAGGAGAGAGCCCAGACCCCUCUGGCCCCUGGGGGUCGCCCAAAUGGACCCACAGGAGACCACCAACAAGGCCCAACCACACUGUAUCCAGACUCUGCUGUUCCUCAGGUCCAGAAACAGACCCGAAGUCCGAUAGCUGCUGUAGAGAGACAGGAGUCAGCUUUCAAUGGGGUUCAGCACGUUUUGAGGAGGAAGGCGGGUCUGAAGCCCUCAGGAAAGAGGCCUGGACUACACAAAUCAGAGUACGGGAAUCAGUUCCAGUGGAAGACACCGGUAGCUGGCCACGCCUCCCCGCUGCUGGCUGCUGAACAGAUGCUGUACACCAGCAACCGGGCCAUCCCUCCCUUCAAGUCCAACCCGGGGGUGAUGGAGACUGAGUACAGCAGAAACUUCAAGGCGACUCCCCCAUCCAGAGGACCACGUCGACGUCGAAAUGUGGAGGAAGACCCGGUGCCUCUGUCCCGGAGAGAGAAAGUCUCACCUGAGAAAACCGUGAAGGGCAGGAGGAAGAACAAAAGGGAACAGAAAGAGAGAACCUACGGUGACAUGCAGGACAACAUUCCGGUUCCGCAGUCUCAUGAGCGGCCGAGAGAAAAUGGAAUGUUACAACAGGAAGUGAAGUUACAAAGCUCCCAGAAGGUGCCUCAUCCCCACAGGAAGAUGAAAACGGAGUACCGCUCCAACUUCCGCCCUCCACUGAACUACACCUAUAAGGACGGAGCUUGGAUGAGGGCGACCUCGGGGGGACAGGAGGAUGGUGAGGGUCACGAUAAUCACUUUUGGUUUCAUGAGGUGCGUGAGCUCCGUGAGAAAGCGGAUGCUUACAAACGGAGGGCCUGGGGAACCCACUUCUCCCGCCUUCACCUCAACCAGAUCCUGUCAGAUCAAAACCAGCUAUGGGAGGCCUCAACCCCCUCGUCGUCCAACCUCACCCCAGGGACAGUGUCUGGGGACGGGGAGGACGACAGCGGCAGCAGCCCUACCGUCCAGGGCCUGGACCUCGCCAGUGUGGAGGGCAGUUCCAGCUCCAUAUCGGGACACCCUGCCUCCAUCACCCCCGGGUCCAGCAGAAGGAGCUCGGUCAAGGGGGCCGGGGACACUGCGGGCCCCUCCCGCCACCUCGACACGGGAGCCCCCCCCGUACAGAGAAAACUGGCCUGGGAGGAGAAUGCGGGCAUGUCGCAGAGGAAGGACAGAAAGAGAACAGAAGAUAGGGAGGAAGAAGAAAAGGAGAAGGAAGCAGAGGAUAAAGUUGAGGGGAAGGAGAGGCAGAACGAACAGAUGCUGCAGGAGCAGGGCAGUGCGUCGUCUUCAGACGGCUUCCACAGCCCUGUAGAGGGUGGCAGAAUGCCCACUCCCACACUGUACCGGAUCGCCACGGUUCAGAGAACACACCACGACCUGACUACUCCAGCCACUGGUACCAGAACACACCACGACCUGACUACUCCAGCCACUGGUACCAGAACACACCACGACCUGACUACUCCAGCCACUGGUACCAGAACACACCACGACCUGACUACUCCAGCCACUGGUACCAGAACACACCACGACCUGACUACUCCAACCACUGGUACCAGAACACACCACGACCUGACUACUCCAGCCACUGGUACCAGAACACACCACGACCUGACUACUACAGCCACUGGUACCAGAACACACCACGACCUGACUACUACAGCCACUGGUACCAGAACACACCACGACCUGACUACUCCAGCCACUGGUGGAGCCAUUCUGGUGUCUCCUCCCAAAAUCAAGGGUGGUGACAGAAAUGUGAGAAGUGAAGCGCCGCUGGGAAAACCCAGUCCACCCUUUAAACAUUUGUCGCUGUCCUCCCAGAAAGGAGCACCAACACAGGUUGAGAAGCAGAGCCAGCUGCAGUCCCCUCCUGCAGCAGGGUUGUCCACUAAGGACCCCCUGCCCCUGAGAGAGGACUCCCGGUUGGGGGUGACCUCACAGGAAAACCCCCCCGAUCCCCCACCCCGGACCAAAAUGUCUCAUAAACCCGCAACUACUGGACAACCCCAGAUAGCCGCCCCUCCACCGGUCAACCGCAUCCAGGGGACGCUCAGAGACCCGGAGUUCCAACACAACGGUAAUUUAGGCCUUAGGACGUCAGAGCUACUGCUGUGUCCUAAUGGUGGCUGUGGGUCUGAUGAUGAAGACGACAGGAUGUCCCAGAUCUCGUCCAGGUCCACGGCGUCCUGCUCCAGGGCCUCAGAGGUUCUGGGCCGAGCCCAGAUGAGGAAGGACUUCUGGGGAAAGAUGUAGUCCUACCACCACUGACUCACAGCGGGGCUCUAAAUGGCGCCUUUCUUCGCUACUGAAUUCACUACCCAGGCUCAGAGGGAUGCAUUGGGAGCACAGUUUGAUGACAGUAGUGUAACAUGGCCUUUUAGCAAACCCACUGGGAAACGAAAGGGAACAGAUAUUGGGGUUGUCAAGUCUGAUCCUGGGCCCAGUAAACCACUCGUGUGUGAAUUGUAUUAUUUUCCUAAUGUACUUUCAAUGUUGAAUUUGUAUAAACUUGAAUAGUGUAUAGACUAUGAUUAAUAUUUAUUCUAAAUUAUUUAGUUUUGUACAAGUAUUUGUUUUGGUACUGAGUUGUUUCUAUUUGUAUAUUUUUUUACUGUCACCAAUUUAGCUAUUCUACAUUGUUAAUUAAUGUAUUUCUGGGCACACUACACUUGUUAGAAAGCUAAUUAUGCACUGCUAAAUGAACAACUAUGCAAUUUAAAUAUGUUGUCUGUGUAUGAGAGAAACACUCUGAGUGUAACAGUGUUGAGGGAAAUAAACGUCAGAACCGUCUGUAUUACA